GAACAUUUUGAACGCCAAUUUUGAGAUUGUUCGUUAAACGUGUGAAAUCGUACAUGAUAUAUAUAAUAUGCGUCACAGUUUUGUGUUAGGGGCAAAGUACUUGUGAAAACCAGUUCCAAAACGGUCGUGAUAUUGUUGUGUAAGUGUCAUAGAAUAACUUUCGUAAACAGAGGUGGGUAUUGCAAGGAGUGACAAUGGUAAAUAAUAUGGCAACGACAGAAGACUAAACUGUAGGCGAGUGAUACUUAUUACCAUAUUCAAAGAAUAGUGUUGAAAUAUUCAUUGCAUGAUUUAUAUCGUGUGACUGCAUGAAGGAAGAAAAGUUAUCUUAAAAGGCCUAAUCAGUGUUUGUUUUCAACUAUUGCCGAGAAAAAAAAAGAAUGUUUGAAAUGACAUUGACCAAGUGUUUCUCAACUCGUCGUCUUCUGGUUGACAUACUUGUAAUUGUUUUUGGAAUAAGCUCUUGGAUCGAGAUUAAUGGACUUUGGGUAGAACUUCCUUUACUGGUUUCUAAGCUCCCUGAACAAUGGACUCUAGGCUCAUAUAUUGUGGUCAUAACACAAGUGGCCAAUCUGGGACCCAUUACGUAUAGCUUGCUACGCAGGUUUUUCGUUUUAAAAACUCUGGAAAAGCCUACAAUUCACAUUACUCUAUUUAUUGGGACUACCUCGUGUUUACUACUAGCACUGUUCUGGUCCAAAACAACAUUGAUUGGAGGAGAAGAUCACAGCACAGCCUUGCUGACUCUAGCUUUUUGUUUGGCCUUGGUGGACUGUACGUCGUCAGUUCUGUAUCUACCAUUCAUGGCUCAUCUCCAUCAAAAGUACUUAGCGUCUUAUCUUAUCGGAGAAGGCAUGAGUGGCUUGCUUCCAAGUGUUGUAGCUCUCAUCCAAGGAGUCGGGGGAAACCCACAAUGUCGUAAUGCUACCGUUGCUAGUUUCGGGGCUGAACAAAACACAACCAUUUAUGAAAUCAAGCCGUAUUACCCUCCACCAAGAUUUUCAGUAGAAAUAUUUUUUACGUUCCUAUGUAUCAUGAUGACGAUGAGUUGGUUGUCGUUCUUACUUCUAAACAAGCUUCCGUCAAUAAAAGCUGAGCAAGUUCCAAUACCUGAGGUUCAAAGAAACUCGAGGAACGGUAAGGAAAGUGCAAACAACACCUGUUUGAUAUUAGAGCCUGACCAAGUCCUUUCUCUUGGUAUAAACCCAGAAGAUUUCUCAGCCAUAACUGAGAAGAACCAAAAAACACAUAUAUACACUGAAACACACGACGAAAAGGAAACAAAUGAGUAUUUAUUAAAGAAGAAGAGCGAUCAGAAGUUGGUUUUUGCAGUUUUUCUCUGCAUCCAAGGAUUUAUAUCUGCUCUCACUAAUGGCAUUUUACCAGCUAUACAGUCUUACUCAUGUUUACCUUAUGGAAACGUAGCCUUUCAUUUGUCUGUAACCUUGUCCAGCAUAGCAAACCCUACCGCCUGUUUUAUCGCCAUGUUUAAAUCCGUAAAGGACAUGGCAAGUAUUGUAAUCUUAACUAUCUUUGGAACAGCUUGUUCGGGAUACAUAAUGACGACAGCCAUCUUGAGUCCUAUACCACCAUUGGUGGAUGAGGCUAUCGGUCGUAUUUUGAUCGUUCUUAUUUGGAUCCUAUUUGUCGCUACUAUGUCCUAUGUUAAAGCCUGCAUUGCGGGAAAUUUGCGAGUACAAGGUGGACAAAAUGCGUUGUUUUUAUGUGGGGUUCUAACUCAAAUCGGGUCGGCUUUAGGCGCUACUUUAAUCUUUUUUCUGGUUAAUUAUGGAGAUAUUUUUCAAUCUUAUGUUCCGUGCGCAUAGUUAUAGGCACAGUAACAUGUAUUAAGAGUGUUAAUCAGGCGUUUUAAUUAAUUGUGUUAUUUAUAAAAUAGUAGGUUGCAUCUGACUUGUCGAUUAUGAGUAUAACUAAAAACUAGUUUCCGAAGUAGAAUCACAGCAUUGACACACCAUCCUGCCGGAGAACAUACAUUACUAAGACCACAGAAAACAUGCCUUAACUUCAAAAACGUUUUUGAAUUUGAAGUUUUAUGGACUGCGUUUGCCUGGAAUAUGGAACUCAAAACAGACCGAGACAGUGCCCACUACUAAAUACGGGAGUAUACAGAGACCGAGACAUUGUUCACUGCUAAAUAUGGGAGUAUACAGAGACCAGACAUUGUCCACUGCUAAAUGUGGGAGUUGACAGAGACCGAGACAUUGUCCACUGCUAAAUGUGGGAGUUGACAGAGACCAGAAUUGUCCACUGCUAAAUGUGGGAGUUGACAGAGACUAAGACAUUCUCCAUUGCUAAAUGUAGGAGUAUACAGAGACAGAGACAUUGUCCACUGCUAAAUGUGGGAGUUGACAGAGACAUUGUCCACUGCUAAAUGUGGGAGUUGACAGAGACCGAGAUAUUGUCCAUUGCUAAAUGUGGGAGUUGAGAGAAACCGAGAUAUUGUCCAUUGCUAAAUGUGGGAGUUGAGAGAGACAUUGCUAAAUGUGGGAGUUAAGAGAGACAUUGAACACUGAUAAAUGUUGGAGUUGACAGAAAUCGAGAUAUUUUCCAUUGCCAAAUGUGGGAAUUGACAGAGACCGAGACAUUGUCAACUGCUAAAUGUUUGGGGGUGGUUAAUAAAAGUGUUCCAAAACACGACAUUAAUGUCUUGACGAAUAGUUGAAUAGUUUAGUGUUUGCUACAUUGUUCAUAAAGUACUGGUAAUUUCAUCAAGAAAUCCCUGAACCUGACUAAAUAUUCGUCUCUAUUUUUGUAUAUUUUAGCUCUUAUGUUGGUGUCUGGUAAGUCUUAGGAAACUAAAAUGUAAUAAAAACUUCACAUAGGUAAAAUACCAUUUGUCAACUAAAGGUGUCGCUAUUACCAAUAAAUAGAAUAACAGAAAUGAAAUUAACAGAAUAAGAGAAAAAAAAAACAUGGAAAAAGAUUUAAGUUGUGAUUUAAAGGUAGAAACUAGAGUUACACCAGAACUGAUUGAAGUAGAUGCUUUUCAUAACUGAAACAUGCGUGAAAAAAAAACGACGUGUUAAGGAAACAAUGAAGUCAGAGCUACUUUAACUGUCUAGGGUAAUUAGACCAAGAACUCUUUACUUCUGUUAAGUCUUAUGUGUGAAAAUGCUUAAGCUGGGAAACAUGAUUUAAUAAUACGUAACAGGUAUGUUACUACCUCAAAAUAAAAAUUAUAAUGAUUAUAAUAACAUAAUUUUUACUA